AUUUAAUUUCGCUUCGUUUAAGUGCUUCAGCCACUUUCUAAUCUAUCAACCCAAUUUUCUCUCAAAUCGCCGUGAUUCUUCUCGAGAAUUUUUCAUGAGAAGUUCCUUGGUCAUCUCAGAGAUGCAAUUCCCACAUGAAGUGGGAAAUUAAAAGGCUAUUCUCCUACGGUCUGAUAUGAACCUCGAUUCCUCCGUUUCGCGAUCACGCGACCCGCGCCGUCGGCCUCCCAUAAACACUAACCUGAGUCAAAAUGAAGUGGCCCAGCAACGACCUCCUUCAGGCCCCUGGAAUCACUCAUCUCCAGAAGCACAGCAUGAUGUAUCUGACGACCGGUUUAUCCGCAGCAUUUCCAACUUCAUCGAGACGGCCGUCAAAACACGAACAAAAGUAGCCGAAAGGGAACAUCUAUCGAAAAGGACAGCAGAAACCAAGGACUUGCUGAAUAAGGCGAGCUCCCACGCAGGGUUUCCCUCGACUGUAGAGUUCUACCAGCACACCAAGGAUGGCGAAGACAAAGCUCUACAUAGUCUCAACAGUGAGAUCAAGGGUCAUGAAACCGAGCUUCAGGAAUUGGAGAGCGUUCUCAGAGACCAAUGGGCGGCCUCUGCAAAUUCCAGAACCUCCACGUCCGAUGACAGGGUACGACAACUGGAGCAAUCCCUGAAACUAGCCAAUGAUAAAAUUUCUGGUUUGCGUGGCGAUAUUGCAGGAUUAAUCGAACGUAACAAGUCAUUGGAUGCCGAACUGAAAAAUCUCCAGACUUUGCUAGGCGCUCAGGAAAAGUCAUUUGGGACGUUCACGCACUCGUUGGGCCUAUUAAAGAAUGAGACGGUCCAGUUCUCAUCCCGGCUCAAGCAGAUCGAGGAGAAAUCAUCAAUACAGCCAGAUGGUGGGAUCACACCUGAUACGAAAAAGCUUUUAGAUGAUCUUUCCAAUCAGCACAGGAUUCUGGAGCAGCGAACAGCAGGAUUGGGUGAGAAGGAUACAUCAAUUCAAUCCCUCAAGGAAAAGGCAAAACUUUUGAACGCGAGAAUGGAUGAGCUGAUUGAGAUUCAGCGCGCUAAAGAUGAGUUUUAUUUUGCAGAAAUGGACACUCUCAAGCAGGAUCUUAAUAAGAGAUUGAGCGAGUUUCAACAGACCCAAGAACGGCUCACGGAAAGCGUUAAGGAGGCGAUGCUGCGCGUUCCUAGGGAACGGCUCGAUUCCAAAGUUGAUGGCUUGUUCGAGUCCGUACGGAGAUUGGGGGCCGACUUGGAGCCUAUGAAGGUGGCUUUGCUAUCGCUGGAGUCAAGGUAUAAUAACUUGACAACAGAGCCGAUAGUGCAGCACAUGGUCAGGGCAAUGCACGAGAUGUAUCCCUCUGUAGACCAGCUUUGGAAAGAAUUGACGGUACACAAGCAGUCCUUGGAUCAGACGCUGCCGUCACUGGCACGUAAGAUCGAACAGUUGGAAACCCAGGGGAAGACAUCUGUCAUAACACAAGAUGAGCUGAAGUCCAUCAGGGCCCAACAAGAGGAUUUGAAACGAUUGAUUGGUGGUUUUGUAGAGCGACAUCAAUGGCCCAGUCAGGAAGAAUUUCGGCUGAUGCAGGCACGACUUGAGUUCCUUGCAGAAAAACAGAACAACACUGAUAGUGCCUUUUUGCAAAAGCAGACAGCGGACCAGGAGACUUUGCAAGAAGUUAAGCGUCAGGGCACGUCGCUAAGUGAUCGGCUGAAGGUUCUGAGUGAUGUCAUCGAAAGACUGGACGAGGAUUAUAACCUAACAAAGGAGAACAACCAAGGGGACAUGCACUCUUUGCAGCUGCGUAUGACAUCAAUCGAGCAGAGUGCAAAAGUAACUUAUGAGAACACGAAGAAGGAGCUCAAUAGGAUCAAGAAAGUCGUGCAACUUCCUGAACAGCCCUCCCAAGUCGACUCAUUAUACUGUGACUCCCCCUCGGGGCAGCUUCCUCCGGCCUUGAGACCAGACCUGUUACACGCCGACCGUUCUCAGGGCAUGAAGAUCAAACGUCUUCGUUCAGAGUCGGACGAAGACACCUCACAGCCAACAUCAAACUCCCCGGCUCCCCGCUCCCCUGGCUUGAACGGCACCCAGAAAGACUCUCCAGAUGUAUCUCGUCGGAAGAGAAAGAAAACUACAAGAAGCCGAUAG